AUCACUCAGCAGAGAGUAAAAGGAUGGCGGAGGACGGGAGGGAUGAGUUGGUGGCCACUGACGAUGAGUCCGACCACACAGCUGCAGACGGGAGCAGCAGCCUAAACAAUACGAUGGUGGAAGAGGGCUCCACUCUCGUGCGCAGAAUGGAGAUCUGCGUUGCCGAGGCCGAGAAAAGGAGUGGUAAAAACACAGUGAACAUGCAGGAAACGUUCACUGUGUACCUCAUCGAAACACGGCCCAUGGAUGCAGUCGCGGAAGGUCGUAACCCAGCCCCUGACUCUCUGUGGAGGAGAUACAGUGAAUUUGAACUUCUGCGUAACUACCUGCUAGUUACCUAUCCAUACAUCGUGGUCCCCCCUUUGCCUGAGAAGAGGGCGGAGUUUGUGUGGCAUAAGCUGUCUGCUGACAACAUGGACCCAGAUUUUGUGGAGCGGCGCAGGAUCGGGCUGGAGAACUUUCUGCUUCGCGUGGCAUCACACCCAGUCCUCUCCAAUGACAAGAUCCUCCACCACUUUCUCACUGAGGAAUAUGGCUGGAAGGAAGUGGUGUAUGAGACAGGAUUUCAGGCAAAGGCAGAUUCCAGGAUCAGGGCUCUCAGUGCCACCUUCAGGGUGAGAAAUCCAGAUAAACGCUUCAUGGAGAUGAAACACUACAGCGAUCAGCUGCAAUCUCACACAUCUCAGCUGCUCCGAGCACGGGCAAGGGUUGCAGAUCGACUCUACGGUGUUUACAAGGUCCAUGGGAACUAUGGGAGAGUCUUCAGUGAGUGGAGCGCCAUAGAGAAAGAGAUGGGAGACGGACUGCAAAGUGCCGGUCAUCACAUGGAUGCGUAUGCUGCCUCAAUAGAUGAUAUCUUAGAAGAAGAGGAACAUUAUGCAGACCAACUGAAAGAAUAUCUCUUCUAUGCUGAAGCUCUGAGGGCAGUGUGCAGGAAACACGAGCUGACCCAGUUUGAGCUUGAGAUGGCCUCCCAGGACCUCAUCUCAAAGAAGCAGCAACACGAGGAGCUGGCUACAGGGAUUGUGCGGACGUUCUCCUUCAAAGGCAUGACCAACAAGAUUUUUGGCCAAGAGGCACCUGUGCAGAGGGAGGCCAGAAUCAAGCUGCUGGAGGAGCUAAUAGCAGAGGGGGAAGACACUGUUAAGGAGAAAACAGUCGAGUGCGAAGAGCACGUUGAAAGGGCGUGGGUGGAUAUGCAGCGCUUUAAGGAGCAGAAAGACAAAGAUCUGCGGGAAGCGCUCAUCAACUAUGCUGUCAUGCAAAUCAGCAUGUGCAAAAAGGGAAUACAAAUGUGGAGCAAUGCCAAAGAAUGUUUCCUCAAGAUGUAAAAGUGAAGCCAUAUUCAAAGGAUUCCCAGCCUCAGUAAUGCUCAGCUGUGGAUGCUGGAAAAUGACGCCAAUGUCUUGUGGUUAUGGUUUACAAACAACAUGCGUAAAAAGAUUAUGUAGUUUCAAGAAUUUUCACAAAAUGCAACUAAUGCUCAGUAGUAAUUGACAUUCACUGUUAACCUGCGGUGGAGUGAGAAAAGGGAGGUCCAUGAGUGAGACACUGGAGACCAGGGUUCACACACUGGCUGGACCUUCUUAAUAUCUAGCCAAGACCAUUUUCUCUCACCUUAAGGAGGCAGUUCGACAACUGUACAUUGUCAAAGUCAUGUCACUAGUUGGGAAGUGAAGUGACUUUGAUAGAUGGGAAGUGUGGAGUUUGAUAGACGUGGCCAUUUAACAGCCAGAGCUUUUUGGAGCUUGACCCAUACAAGGGACUUAUAGUCUGGCAAUCACAGACACUGCUGCGCUGAUAUUGACCAGUCUUUUUAAUAUUGUGUAUCUUCUCAGUCAGUUUAUGGAUCUGUAAUACUAAAUUCCUUGAGUGCAAAGUGUACUGAUGGGUGCUUUUACUUCUAUGUAACCUGUUCAAACCCUGUGAAUCGUUCAGGCUGGUCUGAAACCUUUGAAUCAAACUCUGGUAUGGAGGAGGAAGAGGAAGAGGAGGCAUAUACGUAUGUAUGUAUAUAUAUAUAUAUAUACACACAAGAUGGUUACACAAGAUAAAUUGGUAACCAUCAGAAAGUGAAAAGCAUUUUAAAACAGUGGCUUGUUUCACAUAAAUACAUUUUGACUUCAGAUAGACAUCUAGAGCCCUAUCUUGCACCCGGCGCACCGCGGCGCA